AAUGCAUCCAGUACUGCUGUGACUGCAAACAAGGACAGGUUACAUCAUUUACAGUAUCAUACAUAUUAUUUUGAUCUUGUGACACUCUUGGAAAAUGUUGGUUGUAUUAAAACUUAAGUUUCCAGAUGGGACUCCAUUUACAACUUGGGAAAAUAAUUUUGUUAAAUGUGUGCAGAGUUCGUUCAUCUCCAAUUUGCUUACAUUUUAUGUUUCAAAGUGUGGACAUGUAUAUGAUUGCUAAUAGAUUUUAGUUUCAUUUAUCACAUAAUUUAUUUUUUUGCACACUGAAAAGACCGUGCACCAGUGCUUCAGAUUAUCACAAAGACUUAAAAGCCUGAAUUUCACUGUUCUUUUUUUUUUUUUUUAUCAAAAUGAAUUGGGAUCUCAGACACAUGCAUUAAAAAGAUAUUGAACAUUUCACAGUUGAAUAGGUUAAGCUGUCCUGCAAAUUACUGUAUUUGAGAACACAAGAACUUCACAUUGAAUUUGUGUUCAAAGCAUACAGAAUACUUUGCACCUAGAAAUUCUUAGUCACCAACGGACUCCAUAUAAUUAAAUAUAUACUAUCAUUUUAUGUCUUAUUAGGAUUAUACAUUAUAUUUUGCAUUUAUGUUUGCUAUACUUGCACGUUUUAGUAAAUCACUGCACCUAUUUCUAAAGAAAUGAAGGGUCAGUCAGACUCUUGCACCAUGCUGAACAGGUGAAUGUGUUAUAAAGCAGCAGUCUUCUUGGAACAGCAGGACACUUAUUUUUCCGACACGACGUGAAGGCGCUAUAACUGCCCGGAUGCGUUACCAAGAUGGCGGCUUAGUGGACUUCAGUUUUUGCAAAAUCAAAUGUAAUUGUUGUAUGAGCAUUAGUUAGUACAACGUGGAUACAAUAACAAGUUAGCAUGCCACGUUUGUGUGCUUUCUGCGGCUGUAAUAAUCGAGUGGGCUGUGGGCUUUCGUUUUUCGCAUUCCCAAAGGACAGUACAAGGUAACUUAGUCACAAAAUCACAAUGUUUUAAAUGACGUGUUUUCGUCAACAGACCAGUCAUUAAAGACUUACAUCAGCGGAGAUACGCAAGGUUUCUUACUCUGUGGUAUUUAAUCACAUCAGCUCAGUCCCGUUAGGUGAUUCAUCCUUAUAGCAACCUCGCCACUCGGCAGCCAUCUUGGUAACGUCUGCAGGUACUUACGUAGCAUUUUGAUUUAGCUUUCGUUUAUAAUGUUCACGGAGGGCGAAAAACUCCACGCACAGUCACCAGUCAAGGGUUAUAAAAGCGCUUUACCUGGUUACUGACCUUUAAAAAAAGAGACAUCCAAAUUAGUUUUUCUUUAGCAAAGGUGCCUCGAGGCGUUACCAAGGAGGCGGAAAUGGCUUCUUAAUUUGAUGAGGGCAGACUUAUCCCCCGACAUGACGAGAGAAGAGUCCGACAGAGCUGGGUAUGUGGUCUGCGAACAACAUUUCAGGCCAAAGGACAUAAACUCAAAGGGUAGAAGAAAACGUCUGGCUCCUGAAGCCGUCCCCAUCCUUCUGCACACUAUAAAGGAGGAACAGAGAGAUUUGGAGAUGCCUUCUACUGAUGUUCAUGCUCCAGUGCCUCUGCAAGACACACCCCCAUAUGAACAGGUCGUGGCAAUGUUUAACAAGCUGCUGGCAGAGAAGGAUGAGAAAAUCAAGGAUCUGAAAAGCAUUCUGCAGAGAGAGAGGGCCAGAAUGCGGCUGAUGAAGUUCCGCAUGAACAGCAAAAUCAGAGAACUGAAAAGAAAACUCGAACAGCAGCAGAACAGUAGCAGUGACCAAGGCGAUCAGCUGACUGCUGCCUCCGACUGCCUUCCACAGGCAGCAAAGGAGUUUUUUGACAAGCAAAUAGCCAUGGCCAAGGUGAGGAAACACGGCCAGAGAUAUGACAAGAAACAAAAGGACAUGGCAAUCCAGCUGUACAAACAGAGCCCAAGCUGUUACUCUGAACUCCAAAAAAUGUUUCAGUUACCGUCUUCAACCACUCUGAGGAGGCACCAGGUGGUCAGUCAGGAAGCGAGUCCAAGUGAAGAGGAGGAUCGGGAGCCUUUGGGAUGGCCUGCCAGUCAGAAGGACACACCGGGUGACCCAGAGAGAGGUGAGGAGGAGAAACUUGCUGAUGUAGCUGGAUGGGUGGUGCAGAAAGUGGCUCAAGAUCCAGAAGUCAGUGCUUGUACCGAAUGUGAAAGUUUGCUUGUGGAGACCAAUGACACUGAGCACAACUAUCACACACGGAUGGAGAAGGAUGCCGUCUCAGCUGUGAAGAAAAGCCCAACCUCUGCCCGGCUGCUUCAUCCAUCCGAAGCUUUCAAAGAAUGCAUUUCGAAAUGUGACAGUGUCAUCCAAAAAAUCCCCCCAAAUGCAAUGGCCCCGAAGAAAUUAAAGGCCUACCUCAGAGCCAGCGGUGCUUUCAGUGAGCUCCACCGCAUCCAUCCUGCCCACUCAAAGGCCAUCGAGAGGGUCGCCGUGAAUAAAUAUGUGAUGUGCAGGGUGGUGGCCGAGCUGAAGGAAACAGCACAAAACAGAAAACGCACACAUGAGAAAAAAAGUGCUGCGUGUCAAGAGCUAAAUGUUAGCACCCUUGAAGUAAAUCAGGACUAAAUAAAUAUAAAAUGUUGUUAAUUUGAUAAUAAAUUAUUUUAGGCCAUUCUAACUUGUCUGUGUUGUUUCAAGCUUUCCUGCAUUUGACCUAGACGGAUUUAGUUUUUCAAUUUCAGUUCAAUUUUACAUAGUGCCGUGCCUAAAGGCACUUAUUGUAAGGUAAAGAUGCUGCAAUAAUACAAAGAAACCCCCAACAAUCAGCUGUUUCAGUCUCCAUCGCUGUAUUUUAGCUGUCCGGUGCGUGUACGUGGGUGUGCGAAGAAACUCUAGCCAGAGAAAACAUGAUAUAAAUGAUUCAAAUCAGUGGAACUUUUGGUUGCUUCCUUAUUCUCCUUAUUUUAACACACAGAUCCAUGUAUAAUUUGACACCGAUUUUCCAUUGGAUGCUAUUCCUGACACAAGCUUCCCAUAAACCCAAGCUUGGGCCUGGCACUGGGUCUAGCUUGUGACCCCUGAGGUUCAGUUUGUGUCUCCUGUUCUUGCACUGGGGUUCUCUUGGCUGUAAUGUGAAUGUGGCAACUACCAAACUAGAUAACAUCCAACAUUUUAGUGCUACAUUGAAUCUGCUGGAGUGAACCAAACGUAAAGGGAUCAACUGUAGACUUGGGAAAAGGAAGCUUUAACUGAUCUGCUGCUUACAACUGCUGAAUUGUGACUGUAAAUGAAUGAUGGACACAGCCACGUCAACCACUGGUUUUGGCUGCAGCCUGUACUAAAAGCACAAUUUCAUCUUAUCCAGGUAACUUUGGGGUUAAAACUGGAUUUUCUGUACUACAAAGGUGGUUCUCUUCUUACUGGAGCAUACCAACAUCUGGUCCUAGGUAUGACAUGACUUGACUUUUUUCCCUUUUCACUGCAAACAGUUUUGUUGUUCUAUAAGCAUUAACAUAUAAACCAGCGCACCUGUUUGUACUGUACAGGUAGACUAUGCCUGCAUUUGAACUCUGGUUUUGUUUUCGUGCUUUACUUGCUCUCAGACUAUGAAACAUUGGGGCUGCAGCUUUCCAAGAAUGAAAACUGAGGCGACUGCUGUUAUGAUUUGGUGCUGCAUAAAUAAAAUGGAACUCAAUUAAAACAGUCUAAUGCAAAUAUAAACAUUAAAUUAAUGGACUAGUCGAUGAGAACAGAUCAGCGCGGUCGGUUUUUAUUCCUACCUUUAACUUGAUGACUCUUCUCAGUCUCACAUCACUACUUUAUCUGCAGCAGCUGGAUUACUUUCAUUCUCCUUUCACGUGAACAAGCUUGUACCUAGAUCAGGAAACGCUGGGUUGGUGAGUUGGAUCAUGUGAUUCUUAUCCUGACUGCUGAUGUUAGCGUGAAGCCAGUAAAUGGAAAGAUUCCCCGGGCACGUUAAGCUUUGUAUUCAGCCCAAGGCUGCAAAACAAGCUCAGAUCACCACACGUCCAACCACCGUUACAGGUUACAGUAAGUUUGACCUCACCUGUCCAAAGCACAUUGCUACAGAAGUCUUGUGGUUUAUUCACAUGCAGACUUGAGCAGACAGGGAUUGAACCACCAGCCUUCCAGUUAGCAGGUAACCUUUUCUACCACCUGAGCUACAGCAGUAGUCUGUCUCGCUGUGUUAGCCCUGCAGACUGGUGACCUGUCCAAGGUGUACCCCACCUCUCACCCAGACUUACACAGCAGUCUUAAAUGAAAGAAACAGAUGACUCACAGGUGUGCGAGGCAGGCCAGGUAAGGAUGCUCCACCCAGAGGCUGAGACCGACUGCAGCCUGGCUAACGAAUCCACCUGAAAGAGAGAGAACAGGAGAAACAAACAGCCCAGCCAGCUUGCACCCACCUCAUUUAAUGGAUGCCCCCAGUUGGCCUACCAGGUGUAUCUGGAUGCUGCUCUACGAGGAGGGAGGGGUCGAGGAUGAAGGAACAGGGAAUCCAGGAGCACCCCCCUCCAGCAGCUGGAGGCCUCGGCCCAGUGACACACAUCCAAAAAAAUCUUUGGUCUGUGUUUAUUCUCAUGGAAACAGAGUAAAAGAAUUCCUGUUUAACUGAACAAUGUACUAAAUAAAUACUGGAAUUUAGAAACUUUGAUGUGGAAUUGGAUUAAUAUAUUUUAAAGUUUAAUCACUCAAUACUUUAGAAGAUUAAUAUUGUACUCUGUUUGUGGCUCCAUAAUGUAGUGGUUCAAGCGUUCACUUGGCAAGCAAAAGGUCACUGGUUUGAUUCCAGCUGGAGACACAAAUCCAUUGGUGGCUGUUGUAAGGACAGGACACAUCACAUUUGGAGCUUCCUGCUGUGGUGACACGUGACAAAGGAGCAGCUGAGUUCAGUUUAAUGGAGUUAGUAUGCAAAUCAUCUCCUGGGAGGGUCCCUGUGCAUCUGUGAUGCAGAAACAUCAUCCAACUUAUUCUUCAUAACUACUUUUACCUCACUGCUCUCCAGCUACGUCUUCAUCCAUACUAAGGUUGCUAAGCACUCGCUGUUACUGUGCUUAAGUAGGAAUUUUUACACAAUUUUUCUGAUUUUCUCUGGACCACCCUAUUCAAUGAAAAAAAGGAAACGCUCUGGUGUAAUCGUCUGAUUAUUCUGGCGAUGCACACGAUUCUCAGCCAACAUACCAAAAACAAAGAGACCGUAACUGUGGAACGUACAAAGCAGGACAACAAAACGCAGUUAUAUGAGCAUUCAGCGUCUGCGUAAUAAAGAAAAGAUGCUUCCUGUUAUUCCAGAUGACGGGAU